CACAGAUCUUUGGUUUAUUUGGUCGCAGCGCAGGCAGGGCGAUAAGAGGAAGGAACGGCAGAGGGAAAAGGGAAGUGCAGCGGGGAAAGUUAUUUGCCUGUGAAUCGAAAGACUUUUUUCCCCGGCCAGAGCUGCAGUGAGAGCCAUUGAUAAAGAAGACGGAGAGAGAGAGAGAGAGAGAGGGAGGCAUAUAUUUACAGGAGGACUACAUCUCUCUCAUGCACUCAAUCACCUGGACACUCUGCAGCAGACAGACGUUCAUUCAUCAGAGACUCGGUGCCCGAUAGACAAAUAUAAUCAAACACUUAGGAGGACAUGAAGACCGGCAAGAAAUCCUUCAUCGCUUUCAUCAAGGAGAGAAAAAUGGGGUUGAAUGACUUCAUCCAGAAGCUGGUGUCGACCCCACAUAUCUGCCAACAUGUUGAAGUUAACAACUUCCUGAAGAUUGAUGAGAAUCAAAACGAGGAGGUUGAAAAUGAACUUCCUGACAGUCCGAUGUACCUAAAUUCACGAAGUUCACUGGCUGAGGAAACUCAGAUCAAACCCUGUGAUUUUGACUACCUCAAAAUCAUCGGCAAAGGCAGCUUUGGAAAGGUUCUGCUGGCUCGACACAAGGAGUCCACCAAAUAUUACGCUGUCAAAGUGCUACAGAAGAAAAUCAUCAUGAAGAAGAAAGAGCAAAAGCAUAUCAUGGCUGAGCGCAGUGUGCUGAUGAAGAACAUCAAGCAUCCCUUCCUGGUGGGCCUGCACUACUCCUUCCAGACUACUGACAAGCUCUACUUUGUACUUGACUACGUUAACGGUGGAGAGCUGUUCUAUCAUCUCCAGAGAGAGCGGAUCUUCCUGGAGCCCAGAGCCAGGUUCUACGCUGCGGAAAUUGCAAGUGCACUUGGCUACCUCCACUCCCUGCACAUUGUGUACAGGGACCUGAAGCCUGAAAACAUCCUGUUAGACUCAUCGGGCCAUAUUGUCCUCACAGACUUUGGCCUCUGCAAAGAAGGCGUUGAGGCCAACGGUACAACAACAACCUUCUGCGGGACGCCAGAGUACUUGGCCCCUGAGGUUCUCCAGAAGCAGGCGUACGACCGCACAGUUGACUGGUGGUGUCUGGGAUCGGUGCUCUACGAGAUGCUCUAUGGACUUCCCCCGUUCUACAGUCGCAACACAGCCGAGAUGUACAAUAACAUCCUGCACAAGUCUCCCGUGCUCAAGCCCAACGUGUCGAACGCAGGCAGGGAGCUGCUGGAGGGGCUCCUGCAGAAGGACCGCACCAAGAGGCUGGGAGUAAAGGAUGACUUUCUUGAACUCAAGUUCCAUUCCUUCUUCUCUCCAAUCAACUGGGAGGACCUGAUGGCCAAGAAGAUCACACCUCCAUUCAUCCCCUCCGUGAGCGGCCCCACAGACCUCCGACACUUCGACCCCGAGUUCACCCACAUGCCCGUGUCCUCCUCUCUGUGCAACGACAGCCUGACUGUGUCCAGCAGCGUCAAGGAAGCAGCCGGAGCGUUUCCAGGCUUCUCUUACGGUCCUCCAGGAGAAUUUAUGUGAACGCCUACACACUUCUGCCUUUCUGUCCUGGGAACUCACAAGAAACAGGAUACAGAAGUUGGAUUGAGAGUCUUAUUUUGACAGAGGGACCACGCCGGAGCAGCCUGUUUUGGGGGACGUUACAGAGUCUGAUGAUGAGAGGAUCUAACUGACAAAAUGGACAUGAAUACCAAGGUGGAGGGGGGUGGGGCAGAUGUUUAGGGAUCUUAUUCAUGAAGAGUGUACGAAUAGGAACUCUCAUGUCACAACACCACUGGCCCUACUCUUCUGCCUCAACCACCCAAAACUAUAAUACAUGUGUGCCAAUGGGUGCAAUCUGGGGUCGUAAAACAUCACUCUCACAGCUACUGGGGAAGUGACACGAAGAGAAGUGCCUGAGGUUCCAAAGGCAGUUUGGACGGCAGCGGAAGCAGCAGCAGCAGCAGCAGCAGCAGCAGCAGCGGCGUUUGGCAAGAGCCAGCUUUAUCAAAAACCACAAAACCGUUUCACUUGUUUGGACUUUUGACCAUGGCGCUAGCCGUUAAGGUUGAUGCCUUCAUUACAUGUCUACAUUAUGUUAAAAAACUGUUUUUGAUUCAUUUGUUAUUUUCAUGUUUUCAAUUGCACUUGAGGAAACGAGGGUCAAGAAAAGUGAAACAUUCUUCUGCUUUUAAGCAUCCGCAACUUUGGAUUAGACAGCUAGCUCAUAUCUUUCCACUUCUUAUUUCAUAUCUCUGCUUUUGGACAAAGAAAGAUUUCAAUAUUUUACACUAAUAGUGAUACUUGGACCAAACAGUUAACUAUGGUAUGCUUUAACAAAAAACACUUUCUUUUGACCGGUUUGUCCUCAGAAACUGAAGUUUUACGGUACUGUGUAGAAGGAAAAAGUUACGUAUAUUUUACUGAAAAACCAAAUGGUUUUCCAUGUUUUAAUAAAUACAAAAAUUUACUUUUAAGAAGGUUCUGCAUGUAGUAUAAAUAUAUAUAAAUAAAUAAAUAAAUUAUAUAUAUAAAAAUAAAUAAUAUAUAUAUAUGAAUAAAUUAAAUGAAAAUUAUAUUUCCUGGAAUAUUUUAUUUAUCAUAUAUAAUUUAAAAUAUAUUAUAUUUAUUUUAUUUGGUUUUUCUAACUCCUUUUCAUUUACAACCAGUGACUGUGUUAAUUUAUAUCUGCUGUUUACGAAAGACUUCUCUUAUUGAUCAGGAGAUUGUGAUAUCGAGUUCAACCAGCAAUAACAGGCCCACAUCAAUGAUAGCACAUACUGUAUAUCAAAAUCCUUUUAAAUUUAAGUGAUUGCUGUUUUAUUGCAAACACUCCAGACCAACUAUAUGAUUACAAAUGUUUUUGUAUUUAUGCAUCAUGUAGAGAAGAACUGUGAAUGUCUUGUGCCUGUCCAAGGCGGCCUGAUCCAUAUUUACUGUAUGUACAUAUCUCUUUUUCCCUCAAUCUUAUGGUCCCUUUUCUAGAAAAUAAUCUAUAUAAAAAGUGCUUCAUUAACUUGAAGAAAGAACCACUAGGUGGAGCAGGCGCUGGCUUUCCACUGACGGUGUUUAGCCACUGGCCUACUGCAUGAUAUGGUUCUGGAAAAGUGCAAUAAAAUCUUGUUAACUCCAAAAGAAUAACUAUCAUUUAAUCUCUUUUAGCAGAAGUGUAAGUUGUAAUUUAUGAUCUCAUAAUAUUCAUUAAGUUAUUAAGAGAGGAUCUUCGCUCAAACAGAGAUUGUUCAUGACUUUGUUUUGCCGCAAUGAGUCUCCACAUUUUAGGCGUUUGCAUACAGAGUGGAUUUUCAAGCCUGCUGAAAAUAAAAUUAAAAAAACAAGGCAACACACAGUUCUAGAUCAUUUUCUUCCAUAUUUGGAAGCGUUACUUUUUCUGUUUUGUAUUUUUUAUGUAUAUUUAUUUUCAUGCCACUGCUACUGUAUAAAAGAAUAUAAUUUACAUGAUCAACUGAGAUAUUGAAUUGUGUAAUCUGUGUCAGAAAUGGCAAAUAAAUUCUCUAAAUUCAA